AUGGCACCACCAAAACGACAUUCAACAACUCGGCUUCCACAAUCUCUCUUAGAAGAAAUCGAUGCGCAAGCAGGCGGUUCAAAUGGUCGACGAAGAAAUUCAGCUGUGCGGAACAGGAAAGCAGAGAGAAAGGCUGAGCGUCAGUUAGCGAAGCAACGCAAGGCUCAGUUCUUCUCGCAUGCGUCUAAUGAGCCCGUGAAAAAACAAGUCCAUGAAGCGAAAACAAAUGUUGAAGGUCCACCCCGUAAAAAGGUCAAGUUUCAGCUGACCGAAGGUCCUCAGCAUGGACUUCGAGAGCUAUCGCCUCUAGAUGAAACGAAAAUAGCGGAAGGUGGAAAGAAAGCGACAGAUGCAAAAUCAAAACAUUCGAAGGCAAUUGUACCAAAGAAACCAAAAGAUACGGAUUGGAGCGUGGAAAGGAAGCGAUCAAGACGGGAUGAAGAGGAGGACGCGUAUUUGGAGAUGCUCGAGAAGCAGCUUGGGAUCAAGAAAGACAAGAAGGGCAAGAGUCGAUACGGUGGUGGAUUUGAAGAUGAUGGUCUACUUGAUUUAUUGGUCAAUCUGGACGAGAAGGUACUGGGUGACGUCGAGAAUGAGCCAGAACAUUCACUUGACGUCAGCCAGAGCUCUGACGAGGCAGAAAGUUCUGGAUCUGAUGACGGCGGAUCUUCAGCUACGGACGUAUCAGGCGAGGAAGAGGAGCAGUGGACCGGAUUCGUCUCAGAGUCAGAAGAAUCCGACGAAGAGGACAUGGGAAUGGACGAGGAAGUGCCACCUACUAAAAACGUAGCUGAACAAAAUUCAAAUACACAAGGUUCAGGCUCUAAAUAUCUUCCUCCGCAGCUUCGGGAAGAUGCGUCUAGGAAAAAGCAAGACAAUCCCGAGGUUGAUGUGAAGUUGACUCGACAGUUGAAAGGCCUUCUGAACAGGUUGAGUGAGCAAAAUAUCGAUUCUAUUCUCAAGGAGAUUGAGAACCUUUACCGGUCUCACCGACGACACGAUAUCACCUUAACAUUAACGAACCUGAUAAUUGAAGGGACUUGCUCACACUCCAUUCUCCUUGAUGCUUAUGUCGCUUUGCACGCGGGGCUUGUAGCGUGCCUACAUAAAGUCAUCGGAGUGGAAAUCGCCGCAUAUUUCGUUCAAAACGUUGUUGCUAACUUUGAACGCCAUUACUCAAAAUCAAAGGAAUCACUAGUACCCGGGGGUAGUGCGGAAGGCGAGGUGAAGGACGAAGAAAUAGGGAAGGAAUGCUCCAAUUUACUUGUGCUACUGUCCGAUCUCUACAAUUAUCACGUUAUUUCGUGCGUCUUGGUUUACGACAUCAUCCGGCUUAUUCUUGAAGGUGGACUAUCGGAGUUGGAUGUUGAGCUUAUCUUGAAGCUCGCAAGAGGUUCUGGUUCGCAGCUUAGACAAGAUGACCCGUCUGCCUUGAAGGACAUCAUUCAGAUCGUGCACGCUAAGCUUGGGGGUCAGCGUAAUACGAGUUCGCGAACACGCUUCAUGGUUGAAACGCUCAACAAUCUCAAGAACAAUAAAAUGAAGAAGGCCGCAGCAGGUGCACAAGGUGGAAACGAGUCAAAAGAACGUAUCAGCAAAUUCGUCGCUGGCAUAGGCAAGAAAUAUCACGUCCACGCACACGAGCCACUCCGAAUAUCGCUCGAUGACUUACGCCAGGCGGAUUCGAAAGGAAAAUGGUGGUUAGUUGGUGCAGCAUGGGGUGGCGAUCCACUAGUUGAUCACCAAGCUUCCCUGGAUCAUUCCUCGGACAAGACUGUGCCCGCAGAGGCAGAUAAUAUGCUACUCAAGCUUGCUCGGAAGCAGGGUAUGAACACUGACGUGCGGCGGAGUAUAUUCGUCGUUCUCAUGAGUAGCGAUGAUUAUGUUGAUGCUUGCGAUCGGCUAGCGCAGCUCAACUUGACAGAAGUCCAGCAACGCGAGAUCAUACGUGUCCUAAUACACUGUUGCGGGAAUGAAAAAUCGUACAACCCCUAUUACACGCUCAUCGCCUCUCACCUCUGUCAACAAUCCCACAGUCACCGAGUAACUCUCCAAUACUGCUCCUGGGAUUUUCUCCGUAGUCUUGGUGAGACGAACGUCGGUGGCGCGGAGAUGGCGAAGAACUUAGAUGAUGCAGACGGUGGAGAAAAGGAAGGCUUCGAACUAGAUCGAGUGUCGAGUACGCGCAUGGCGAAUGUUGCGCGAAUGUAUGCGUGGUUAGUUGUCAAGGAAUGCGUGGCAAUUACGAUUUUGAAGACACUCGACUUCAUAUCAUUCAAAUCUAAGACCAAAAUAUUCCUCAAAGUGUUCUUCACACAUCUCUUCGCAGAUUCACAAAAUCCAUCAACCGUACCGAGUCUGAGUACCGAUAUCGAUCCAACUAUAGUUGGCCGUCGUGACGAGAAAGCAUUGACAGACAUGUUCGUCAAGGCAACGCGAGUACCUGCUCUGGCACUUGGCAUCUCGCGCUUCCUCACGUCCACUUUCUGUUCUCUUGACGAUGAGUCCGAAGGCAGGGAUAAGACGGGUGCAUUCAUGCGGUGGUGUUGUGAAGUUGCCAAAAAUGUUUUGCACAGUGCACAUGACGACCUGUGACGGUCCACACAACGCUCGUGUGCAUGUAUACUUAUUCUUCCUUUACGAUCUUUUGGAAUGCCAUGCCACAAUAUGUGCUACCUUGUACUCCUCCAAAUGAUAUACUUGGAAACUCGACCUGUGAAUAAAACACCAGACGAGUUUCCGAAGUCUGAAAUGUCUUCAGCAGCUCUUCUCUCGUAAAGUUACAUGAUGUAAUCAAGAAAAAUCCUCCAUCCUUAAGCAAUUCUCCUAUUCUUUUCGGAUACACGUCUCGAGGACUCUUUCCCUCGCCGUAUGCAUCUCGGGCUGCAAGAGCCAUAGCGUCGUACGUGCCCUUAUCCAAUACGAGGUCCCACCCGUCAUCAUCGCCCAUAAUUGGUAGCCCUCUCAACUUCUCCAUAGCGAGGAAAUCAACCUCAGCAAACCUUAUGCUCUCAUACCCUUCCCCUCGUUCUCUAGCAAUACUCUGCGCUAGCCGAACUGCGUCAGCACUAUAAUCGAUUCCAACCAUCCGUUCACCUCGGUAUCCAUUCUCGACAAGUGCAGAUAAGAGGUUGCCGUUCCCACUGCCGAUUUCAAUUAUCUUCGGUGAAUGGCUCUGUGCUGUACUAGACGAAGAUGUGUUGUUGUAAAGAGGCACGUUUACUAAUGCCCAGUUGACCAUUUUCUCUACACUAUCUUCUCCAAACCAAACUUCACCCUCAUCGCCGAAAUCUUCAAAGUUCUUUACUUCGGCCUCAUAAACACUGUCCCAGUAUUCCUUCGUACCCAACUUUGACGGCUUUAGAUCAUCGUCACUGCAUUCGUUGUCCGGCACAGACACAGAGCCAGACAUAUCAAUAGCUGGUCCGUAUUUUCCUGUCUAUGAUAAAUAAUUAUGGUAGUGGA